AUGACCGAUAUUCCAAAAAUAUAUGCACCACACGACAUCGAAGAAAAAUGGUACAAAUUCUGGCGGGACAAGGAUUAUUUCCAUGCCGCCGAUACCUCCGAUAAGCCCCCCUACUCGGUUGUGAUUCCGCCCCCGAAUAUCACGGGGAGCCUACAUAUCGGGCACGCACUCGAUAACGCCUUACAGGAUGUGCUGAUCCGUUGGAAACGGAUGCAGGGUUACAACACGCUCUGGAUGCCGGGGACAGAUCAUGCAGGAAUCGUCACGGAAAUCAUCAUGGAGAAGCAGCUCGCCACUUGGGGAACAAGCCGUGAAGAACUCGGACGCGAAAAGUUCAUCGCACGGAUGUGGAACUGGAAAGAUGAAUCUCGCGGGACAAUCAUUGAUCAGUUGGAGCAACUCGGCUGUUCCUGCGAUUGGGAGCGCGAACGAUUCACGAUGGAUGAGGACUCUCCAAAGCCGUCCGCACCGCAUUUGUUCAACUCUAUGACGAUGGUUUGA